GAACGCAGCCAAGCGUGGUGAGAGUAGACCGCUCUCUAGUCCACUCUAGUCUUUCUCUAUUCUUGAAUUGAUUUAUGCUGGAAAUUACUAAAAAAAUUUGUGUAGAAGAGAACGUAUUCGGAAAUAUAAAAUAUAACCUAUGUGAGAUAAAUAAUAGUAAACUAUAUCUAAUAAUAAGAAAUAAAUUAAUAAGCAUGAAAGAGUUUUUUCUUCUCGCAUUUGUGCACGGUUUUCCGACGAAUAUCUCUUAGAAUUUAAUUAUUUCUUUAUUAGUAAACGUAUAGGUUACGUUUAGAGGUAUAGGUUACGUUUGACCGAUCUUUUUGUUUUCCCCCUUUUUUUUUAAUGCAAUAAAUUUUUGUCUCAAAGAUAUUGUGAUUAUCGCCAUAUUCUAUUACGUGAUUACGUUCUCUUAUUGGAAAACAUUGCUUUCUACAUAAUUGCCAUUCUGUGAAGAUGUUGCAAAGAAUAAAUAGUUUACUACAAGUUACCGCAUAUGGGCAUAAAGUGAGCAGCAGAUACCUAAAUUUUGUUCCUAUCGUAGUAGAACAAAGUGGACGUGGUGAACGUGCAUACGACAUUUAUUCGCGUCUUUUGAAGGAGAGAAUCAUUUGUCUUAUGGGUCCAGUUACAGAUGUUGUAGCUUCCGCAGUAAUUGCUCAACUACUUUUCCUCCAAUCAGAAAGCAGUAAAAAUCCUAUUCAUUUAUAUAUUAAUUCACCUGGUGGAAGCGUAACGGCAGGACUCGGAAUAUAUGACACUAUGCAAUAUGUUCUUCCUCCUAUCUCUACGUGGUGCGUAGGUCAAGCGUGUUCUAUGGCGAGUCUACUUUUAGCAGCUGGAACCAAAGGUAUGCGUCACUCUCUACCAAACGCCAGAAUCAUGAUACAUCAACCAUCAGGAGGCGUACAAGGACAAGCUACGGAUAUUCAGAUACAAGCUACAGAAAUCCUUAAGUUAAAACAACAGAUCAAUGAGCUGUAUGUCAAACACACUGGGCAAAAUUUAGACGAAAUAGCACGGAGUAUGGAAAGAGAUAAUUUUAUGAGCCCAAUACAAGCAAAAGAAUUUGGAAUUAUAGAUAAAGUAUUGGCCCAUCCUAUGCAAGAAGAAACUGCAGAAGCAACGAUAGAAAAAACAGAUAAUAUAACAACAAAAUCUUAAUGCUACUAGGUAGGGAUGGAUAUAUAGGUUGUUUUACCGUUACGUUGCAAUAAGACCAUUAAAAAGAUGUAUCAUUAUUUAAUAAUAAUAAUAAACUAUUUAUAAAACAAUUA